AUGCCUCAAGAAAAGGAAAGUGUGCAUUGUCCAGCUGGUCAUUCUUACGAUAAUAUUAAUAAGCGCAUCAAUACUAUUGCAGAUGAAAAUCAAGAAAAAACAAUCAAAUCUCAAAAACAUGAAUUAUUUUCAUCUUCAAGCGAGUCUCAUCUACAAUCUUGCUAUAUUAGCCGAAGUAUUUAUACUCUUCAUGGAUUACAUAAUUCAUUAGAAGAUGUAAAAUCGGGAAAGUCUCAAGAAUUAAAUGGUGCAUUAUCGAAUUUAGUUAAGAAAUCAAAUAAUAAUAUAGAAGAUAAUAUUUUUCAGGAAUUUAAGAUUGCAGAUGAAAAUCAAGAAAAAGCAAUCAAAUCUCAAAAACAUGAAUUAUUUUCAUCUUCAAGCGAGUCUCAUCUACAAUCUUGCUAUAUUAGCCGAAGUAUUCAUACUCUUCAUGGAUUACAUAAUUCAUUAGAAGAUAUAAAAUCGGGAAAAUCUCAAGAUCCAAAUUUAUUAAUACCAACUACUUCAAAUGGUAGUACUUAUGAUAUUGAUUCUAAAGAAUCACAAGAAUGCAUUGAUUGGGAAAAAGAAAUUCAAAAUUAUACAAAAAUAAGACCAUACUCUGAUAUCUCAACUUUAGAUUAUAAUUCUCGAGAAUCCAAAGAAUGCAUUAAUUUAGAUAACGAAGAUAAUAUUACAUUUAAGAAAAUAAAAAGAUUAGAUUAG